CCGGGCCGAGGGACUUACCGGCCGAGAAGCCGGCGCGCGCGCGUGUGUGUGUGUGUGUCUGGGUGCGUGCGUGUGCGUGCGCGAGCCCCGUGCGAGGCGCUGCGCGUGUGUGUGUGUGUCUGUUGGAGGAGUGCCAGCAGCAGGUUCGACGCCGUGGAUGUGUCCUCACACCGACUUGGAGGGAUGUGCAACUCGGCGCAGUGGUGGGUGGCCUUCAAGGGCGGCGACCUGCCCCCCGGCCGGCUCUGGUCGCUGCUGCUGGUGCUGGGCGCGCACUACUCCUUCGUCGCCUUCAACCAUGCCAUGUUCGUGUUCCAAGCGUUCACGCCCAAAGUCGCCUGCCAGGAGGAAGUGUCUAGCGGCACGUUCGUGCUGUCUUGGGACUGCCAGGCCAACUGCUCGGGCCGCUACGUGUUCCCCGGCUGGCAGGACGACAGCACUAUCGUCACGGAGUGGUCGCUGGUAUGCUCGCGCGCGGCGCUGCGGCCCCUGAUGGCCACGCUGUACUUCCUGGGCGUGGCGGUGGGCGCGCUGUCCUGCGGGCUGCUGGCCGACCGCCUGGGCCGGCGUGCCGUCAUGCUGGGCUGCCUGCUCGGCCAGGCCGUCCUCGGCGUCGCCGUGUCCUUCGCGCCCAACCUGGUGGCCUUCGCCGUGCUGCGGACCCUCCACGGCGUCUUCGUGCAGGGCCUGCAGGGCAGCACGUUCACGCUGCUGCUGGAGCUGUUCCCCGGCCGCCUGCGCACCGUCGUGGGCGUGGCGCUGGAGAUCUACUGGGCCCUGGGGCUGGCCGUGCUGGCCGGGCUGGCCUACGUGCUGCCGCACUGGAGGGACCUGCAGCUCGCCGUGUCGGCGCCCACCAUCGUCACGCUGCUCAUGGCCCCCUGGAUCCCGGAGUCCCGCCUCUGGCUCGCCUCCAGGGGCCACACGCCACCCUUCCGUCGUGGUCUCCCCGGCCACGGCAGUUACCGGGACAAGAAGCACGAGGAGGGUGACGCCAGCCACGCGGUGGACGUGAGUCCCAAGCUGGCCGUCAAGGACACCGCCAAGGACGACGCUAAGGACGGCGCCGAGGACGACGUCAAACAGCUCGUCGUGUGCGAGCCCGUCGCCGGCGCCACCGCCAAGGACUUGGUCACCAGGAGCGGCCUUCUCCUGUACACUCUUUGCAUGAAUGCGGUGUGGUUCACGGUGCCGCUGUCGUACUACGUGACGACCUUCGGCAUGCCCUCGCUGACCGGAGACCGCUUCGCCAACUUCGCGGUGGGCGCGGCGCUGGAGGUGGUGGCGUACUGCCUCACCUUCGUGGCCCUCUCGCGGUUCGGCCGCAGGGCUCCGCUCAGCAGCGUGCUGGCGUCGUCCGCCGUGGCGUGCUUCGCCGUGGCCUUCAUCCUGGUGGGCUCGGCCGACGACGGCGGCGUGGCCGCGCUGGUGCUGGUGCUGGGCUGCAAGUCGGCGCUCGUCAGCGCCUUCUGCACCAUGUUCCUGUACACCGGCGAGCUGUACCCCACCGCCAUCCGGUCCGCGGCCCUGGGGCUGUGCGGCUUCGUCGGCCGCGUAGGCAACCUGCUGUCCCCGCAGGUGGUGCACCUCGGCGCCGACGGCCGGAAGUGGGCGCCCUUCGUGUUCAUCGGCGGCCUGCUGCUGGCCACCGCCAUGUGCACCAUGCUGCUGCCGGAGACCCUGGGCCGCGAGCUGCCGGCCACCCUGGAGGACGCGCGCGCGUUGCGGCGGAAGAAGCGACGUGCCUCCACGUCAGCGACCUCGGGCCCCGAGGAGCAGCCCCUCAACGCCAACGGGGUGUUGAACAUGGAAGACUACAAGGUGCCGGAGUGGAAGUCCGACAUCCCCCAACUGGACCCCGCCAAGGUGCAGACUGCCAAGAAGAGAGGCUCUAUGUCCGCGCUGGAGCUCGGCCAGGACAUCCUGCAGGAGCUCAACAGGACACCGUGCGCGGAGAGGGCGGAGCGGGCGGCCAAGGCCCGCUCCAUGUUCCUGGAGACCAACCUGGACGACCUCUCAGAGGGCCAGCCGCAGUACAAAAGCGCCGUGGCGUCCGCUGUCUGAACAUCAGUAUUUUGAGAAAGCUUGGCGUGGUCUAUGAGACUGAAUCAGACGUAUUUUGUUUUUUGCUAAUUGGCAGUUUAGUAUUGUGCGAGUGGUGGAAACGGAGAGUCAUCGGUCAAUUCUAUGUCUGGUGACGAAUCGUGUGUAUUUUGUCAGAAAGAAAUCGUUAUUUAUUUUUCAUAAAUCUUAAAAAUAAAAGACAAUGUCGUUUUUCUAA